GAACGAGCAAUACAAAGUGAUUUGCAAACAGAUCAGACCAGAGCAAAAAAAGAAAAGAAAAAUAAAUGUGAUGGAAAUGAACCAUUAACUAGGGUAUAUAUUGGGGCAUAUAACUCUGAUCAGAAGAAGAAGAAGAAGAAGAAGAGGCAGCGAGGAGGAGAUUAGUAGGCGUGAUGAGUUGCAGAUGAUCCGGGGUUUGGUCUGUGGGAGGGGGAUCGAAGAAGUUCGUGAACGGGGGAACAAGAUGGUGGUCGACCAACUGGUUGAACUCUUCGAGGAUGAGAUCGUAGUCGACGGACGACUGAGGCGGCGGGGGCAGGAUGAGGGAGGAUUGGAGCAGAGACAGUUGAUCAGCAGGCUCGGUCCAAGCCGAGUGAACGGAGAAGGAAGCCGGAUCGUUAUGGAAGACGAUCGGCUCAGAAGCGGGGGGGAGGCUUUGCCAGGCCGGGAGUCCGUUCCCGUCGGUCUCCGUAUAGUGUCUGCUGGUUGGAGUCCGAUUAGGAGCGGCAAAGUUGGUGGCAUGUUGGAAGUGAUGAGGAUGCGGCUCGGAGGUCGAGAAGCUAGUGAACAUUUCCGGUCUUGCAGGCUCAUCGACCAAUGGAUACGGCGCAGGCGUCAGAGAGUCAAAGCUUUGGUAGGGAUUGAACGACGAAUGGUUGUGGGUCGAAUAGGAGGAUUGGCAUUGCAACGAGCUCGUCCGGAGGAGGGUUGA